UAGGCGGAAGUGCCGCUGCAAGUCGGAGAGCUGAGACUAACAACAAAAAUCUAAAUAUGAAAAUAAAAAUAUAAAAUGUAUGAGCUGUGUUUUUGAUCCCGGAGCAGAGACAGAGAGGAGCUCAGAGAGACAGCUGCAUGGCGGUGACCGUUUCCGCGGGAGGGCCGGCUCUCAUCAUGGAGAACGGACAGAGCACCACCACCAAGCUGGGCCUGCCGCCUCUCACCCCCAACCAGCAGGAGGCGCUGCAGAAGGCGAAGAAGUACUGCAUGGAGCAGAGCAUCAACAGUGUUCUCCUCAGACAGACGCAGCAGCUCAGCAGCCUGCAGAUGGCGUCUCUGUCCAUGGGUCUGGGCGACGCUCUGUCUCCUCUUCAGUCGGUAAGUGGAGCCAUCUACCAUUUCCACAAUGCAUCUGUGUGUGAAAUGUUACAGGUCCCAGACUACAGGUCCCAGGUCUCAGGUUACAGGUCCCAGGUCCCAGGUCUCAGGUUACAGGUCCCAGGUUACAGGUCCCGGGUUACAGGUCCCAGGUCCCAGGUCACAGACCAGCAGAACAGACCCCAGACCAGCAGUACAGACCCCAGACCAGCAGAACAGACCCCAGACCAGCAGUACAGACCCCAGACCAGCAGUACAGACCCUAGACCAGCAUACAGACCUCAGACCAGCAGUACAGACCCUAGACCAGCAGUACAGACCUCAGACCAGCAGUACAGACCUCAGACCAGCAAUACAGACCCUAGACCAGCAGUACAGACCCUAGACCAGCAGAACAGACCCCAGACCAGUAGAACAGACCCCAGACCAGCAGAACAGACCUCAGACCAGCAGUACAGACCUCAGACCAGCAGAACAGACCCCAGACCAGCAGUACAGACCCCAGACCAGCAGUACAGACCUCAGACCAGCAGUACAGACUCCAGACCAGCAGUACAGACCUCAGACCAGCAGAACAGACCUCAGACCAGCAGUACAGACCUCAGACCAGCAGAACAGACUCCAGACCAGCAGUACAGACCUCAGACCAGCAGUACAGACCCCAGACCAACAGUACAGACCCCAGACCAGCAGUACAGACCUCAGACCAGCAGUACAGACCCCAGACCAGCAGAACAGACCCCAGACCAGCAGUACAGACCCCAGACCAGCAGAACAGACCUCAGACCAGCAGAACAGACCUCAGACCAGCAGUACAGACCCCAGACCAGCAGAACAGACCUCAGACCAGCAGAAGAGACCUCAGACCAGCAGUACAGACCUCAGAUCAGCAGAACAGACCUCAGACCAGCAGUCCAGACCCCAGACCAGCAGAACAGGCCUCAGAUCAGCAGUACAGACCCUAGACCAGCAGCACAGGCCUCAGAUCAGCAGAACAGACCUCAGACUAGCAGAACAGACCUCAGACCAGCAGUUCAGACCUCAGACCAGGACGUGUAUGAGGUCAUCUUCAGUCCAUCUGUGUCACUGCAGGGUUUCGCCUUCGUAGAGUACGAGAUGCCUGAAGCGGCUCAGCUGGCUCUGGAACAGAUGAACUCCGUCGUUCUCGGAGGACGAAACAUAAAGGUCGGGAGGCCCAGUAACAUCGGCCAGGCUCAGCCAAUCAUUGACCAGCUGGCAGAGGAAGCACGUGCCUUUAACAGGAUCUAUGUGGCGUCAGUUCACCCCGACCUCUCUGACGAUGACAUCAAGAGCGUCUUCGAGGCCUUUGGAAAGAUAAAGUCCUGCAUGCUGGCCCGAGAGCCGACCACUGGACGCCACAAAGGCUACGGCUUCAUCGAAUAUGAAAGGGCUCAGUCUGCUCAGGAUGCCGUCGCCUCCAUGAACCUGUUUGACCUGGGGGGUCAGUACCUGCGGGUGGGGAAGGCCGUGACUCCGCCCGUACCCCUCCUCACGCCCACAGCUCCUGGAGGGCUCCCUGCAGCUGCCGCAGUGGCUGCUGCUGCCGCCUCUGCCAAGAUCACUGCUCAGGAGUCAGUGGGAGCAUCGGUGCUCGGAGCUCUGGCUGCACCAGCGCUCCUCUCUCAGCAGCUGGGAGGACUUCCUCAGGCCGUCAUGGCUGCUCAGGCUCCAGGUGUCAUCACAGGUGUGACCCCGGCUCGACCCGGCGUGCCUCAGGUGGGUUUGGUGAACCCGGUGCUGGCUACGCCCCCGACCCUGGUGGCCUCCUUUGUCUCUGAGGGGAAGAGGACGGAAGAGGAGGGUCAGCAGGAGGCACAGAGGGAUGGAGCCGUGCAGCCACUCAGCGAGCAGGAGCACAUCAGCAUCAGCGGCACCAGCGCCCGACACAUGGUGAUGAGGAAACUGCUCCGCAAGCAGGAGUCCACCGUGAUGGUCCUCAGGAACAUGGUCGGACCCGACGACAUCGACGACGACCUGGAGGGUGAGGUCACCGAGGAGUGUGGGAAGUUUGGGCGGGUGAGGCGUGUGGUCAUCUACCAGGAGCGCCAGGGUGAGGAGGAUGACGCCGAGGUCAUCGUGAAGAUCUUUGUGGAGUUUUCGGAGGCGGCGGAAAUGAACCGCGCCAUCCAGGCGCUCAACCAGCGCUGGUUUGGAGGACGCAAGGUGGUGGCGGAGGUGUACAACCAGGAACACUUUGACAACAGUGACCUGUCGGCGUAGAACACACACACACACACACACACACACACACACACAUAGAGCAUAGUGCAGGCGCCUCUUUCUAUUAAUGUUUGUCUGAGAUUUAAAGGACCACUCCGCUGUUUCUCAUGUUUCAGUUCCUGCUGAAUGUUUUUAUAUAUCACAGAUUUUAUACGUAACAGAGUGACUGUAGUCACUAACAUGCUAACGUCAGUGACGCUAACGUUAGCAGCCGAUGCUAACUGUAUUUGUACUGUAGCUUGAAGUCCUGAUCCAAGUCAGACUCUAGUCACAUGACCUGAUCCAAGUCAGACUCUAGUCACGUGACCUGAUCCAAGUCAGACUCCAGUCACGUGACCUGAUCCAAGUCAGACUCUAGUCACAUGACCUGAUCCUAGUCACUCUAGUCACAUGACCUGAUCCUAGUCAGACUCUAGUCACAUGACCUGAUCCUAGUCAGACUCUAGUCACAAGACCUGAUCCUAGUCAGACUCUAGUCACAUGACCUGAUCCAAAUCAGACUCCAGUCACAUGACCUGAUCCUAGUCAGACUCUAGUCGCAUGACCUGAUCCAAGUCAGACCGUAGUCACAUGAUUUUAUUACUUUAGACUCAAUUUUUAAAAAUCAAAAAAGACUUGCAACUUGGACUUUAAUACCGAUGACUUGUAACUUGACUCGGACUCGAGCCUUUUGACUUGAAAAUACUUGAUACUUUCUGCCAAGCCCAAGAAUGAAAAUGGUCAACAAAGAAUGAACAGCAGUGUGUGAGACGUGAGAUCAGUGACCUGACGCUGAUGUGAGGACAGUUCGUGAGCUCGAGCUAAGCUAACAUUAGCUUAACAGCUAAGUCACUUUUUAACAAAGUGGUUUUAACUCAAUAAAAGCAGGUCUUAAAAAGCGUUGAUGAUUUCUGUAAAUGUAAAUCUGCGAUACUUAAGCUGAGGAGCGCAUCACGACUUGUUCAGGACUCGAAACUCAAGGUUAGGGACUUGUUGGUCUUGAUAUGGGAAAUGACAUGAGAUUUGCUGGACUUGAUAAACAAUGAUUUGGUCUCUGCUGCAUUCAGGGACAGUGUGACAUCAUGUGAAAUGCUCAGCAGGAGUGUAGGAGGUCUGAGGUGAAACGUGAAGCCGACCGGUCCAUGUGUCACUUCACCUGUUCAGGUCCAGAAACUUCUGAACCGACUCGGGCCUCUCCAUGUUGUGUGGACGUUCUCCGAAUGCUGUGGAAAUGUUUGAGCCUGGUGGAUGAAGCCUUACCAGGCGACGGUGCGUUCAGGUGUCAAACACCAAAAUAUGUGAAUAAAACGUCUUUUUUUUU